AGUAAGAGCCUGCGGGGGAAGCAGUUGUGUUGAGCGGUGUGUCUGCAGCGGACGGCUGAUCGGACGGACGUCUUUCCAGCAUGUCUUCCUCCAGCGUGCUCACACAGACGGGAUGCUGCUCCACACUUGAAUCAGAGCUGCGGGACCUUCUGCAGCAGAGGAUCAUGGUCCUGGAUGGUGGAAUGGGAACCAUGAUUCAGCAGUACAAGCUGGAAGAAGAGCAUUUCAGAGGGGACGAGUUUAAAGACCACCGCCACCCACUGAAGGGCAACAACGACCUCCUCAGUAUCACGCAGCCAGACAUCAUCUAUAAGAUUCAUAAGGAGUACCUGCAGGCCGGCGCUGACAUUAUCGAGACCAACACCUUCAGCAGCACCUCUGUGGCCCAGGCAGACUAUGGACUGGAGCACAUGGCUUAUCGUCUCAACAGAGCAUCAGCAGAGCUCGCCAGAAGAGCAGCCAAUGACGUGACCAGACAGACAGGCUGCAAGCGCUAUGUGGCUGGAGCUGUGGGUCCCACCAAUAAAACCUUGUCGGUUUCACCAAGUGUGGAGAAACCGGACUUCAGAAACAUCACAUUCGAUGAGCUGGUUGAAGCGUACUCUGAGCAGGUUCGAGGUUUAUUAGAUGGAGGAGCAGACAUUCUUCUGGUGGAAACCAUCUUUGACACUGCCAAUGCCAAGGCUGCCUUGUUUGCCAUUGACCUUUUGUUUGGAAAGAGCUAUGACAGAAAACCUAUUUUUGUUUCAGGAACCAUUGUUGACCGGAGUGGACGAACUCUGUCCGGUCAGACUGGAGAAGCCUUUGUAGUGAGUGUGGCCCAUGCUAAGCCACUGUGUAUUGGUCUCAACUGUGCCCUAGGAGCCACAGAAAUGAGGCCAUUCAUCGAGGCCAUUGGCAAAAGCACCGCAGCUUUCAUAAUUUGUUAUCCUAAUGCAGGUCUUCCCAACACAUUCGGAGGGUAUGACGAAACACCACAACUGACGGCCUCCCAUUUAAAGGAGUUUGCUGUGGACGGGCUUGUAAAUAUUGUGGGAGGCUGCUGUGGGACCACACCAUCACACAUCAGAAACAUUUCAGAGGCAGUGAGACGGUGUCCGCCAAGAGUCCCUGCUGCUGAUGUUUAUCAGGACUUCCUGCUGCUCUCAGGUUUAGAGCCAUUCAGGAUUGGCCCAUACACCAAUUUUGUAAAUAUUGGUGAGCGCUGUAACGUGGCCGGGUCACGCAAGUUUGCCAAGCUGAUCAUGGCAGGAAAGUAUGAGGAGGCUCUGAGCAUUGCUAAGGCCCAAGUAGAAAUGGGAGCUCAGGUUCUGGAUGUCAACAUGGAUGAGGGGAUGCUUGAAGGACCAUCAGCCAUGGCCCGCUUCUGUAACUUCAUUGCUUCUGAGCCGGACAUUGCUCGGGUUCCUCUUUGUAUUGAUUCUUCAAACUUCUCGGUGAUUGAGGCUGGUCUGAAAUGUUGUCAGGGGAAGUGUAUCGUCAACAGCAUCAGUCUGAAGGAAGGAGAGCAGGAGUUUCUGCUCCGAGCUGCCACUGUGAAGCGCUUUGGAGCUGCUGUGGUCGUCAUGGCCUUCGAUGAGGAGGGUCAGGCCACAGAUAUUGAGCGUAAGGUGGACAUCUGCACCCGAGCCUACAGUCUGCUUCGCAGCAAACUGGGAUUUGACCCCAAUGACAUCAUCUUUGACCCCAACAUCCUCACCAUCGGUACAGGCAUGGAGGAGCACAAUGACUAUGCUGUCAACUUCAUAAGAGCCACCAAACUUAUCAAGGAGACAUUACCCAGAGCUCGGGUGAGUGGGGGUCUGUCCAACCUGUCCUUCUCCUUCAGGGGAAUGGAGACCAUCAGAGAGGCCAUGCAUGGUGCUUUUCUCUACCACGCUAUCCAGGAUGGGAUGGAUAUGGGCAUUGUGAACGCUGGCAGUCUGCCGGUAUAUGACGACAUUGACAAGGAGCUCCUGUUACUGUGUGAAAACCUCAUCUGGAACCGAGAUGCAGAGGCCACCGAGAAGCUGCUGGCCUACGCACAGAACAGUGUGAAAGGAGUGAAGAAGGUGGCCCAGGCAGACGAGUGGAGAAGUAGCAGUGUGGAGGACAGACUGGAGUACGCUCUCAUCAAGGGAAUAGAGAAGUAUGUGAUUGAGGAUGUGGUAGAGUGUCAGACCCAUGUGGACCGAUACUCGCGACCUCUUCACAUCAUUGAGGGUCCACUGAUGAACGGCAUGAAGGUGGUGGGAGAUCUGUUUGGAGCAGGGAAGAUGUUCCUGCCACAGGUGAUUAAAUCUGCUCGGGUGAUGAAGAAGGCAGUGGGUCAUCUGAUUCCCUUCAUGGAAAAGGAAAGGGAGGAGAUGAUGGCGUUAUCAGGCUCAGACGAAAUGACGAGCCCCUAUCAGGGCACCAUCAUACUGGCCACAGUGAAAGGAGACGUUCACGACAUCGGCAAGAACAUCGUGGGUGUGGUGCUGGGUUGUAACAACUUCAGGGUGAUUGACCUGGGAGUGAUGGUUCCCUGUGAUCGGAUCCUCAGAGAGGCCAUCCAACAGAAAGCAGAUAUCAUUGGUCUUUCUGGUCUCAUCACCCCGUCCCUGGAUGAAAUGAUUUAUGUGGCCAAAGAGAUGCAGAGACUGGGAAUGACAACACCACUGCUGAUCGGAGGAGCCACUACCUCAAAAACACACACAGCAGUGAAGAUCGCUCCCCGGUACAGCUUCCCUGUGGUCCACGUGUUGGAUGCCUCCAGGAGUGUCGUUGUGACCUCACAGCUGCUGGACGAAGUAGCGAGGGAGGACUACUUCCAGGACCUGAAGGAGGAGUAUGAGGAGAUCAGGCAGGAGCACUACGACUCUCUCAAGGAUCGUCAGUACCUGUCUCUUCUCCAGGCCCGGGACAAGGCACUGCACAUAGACUGGCUCUCAUCUCCCAGACCAGUGCGUCCUGCGUUCCUGGGUGUGCGUGUGUUUGAUCACUACGACCUGAACAGUCUGCUGGACUUCAUUGACUGGAAGCCUUUCUUCGACGUGUGGCAGCUGAGAGGAAAAUACCCCAACAGAGGAUACCCCAAGAUCUUCAAAGACAAGACCGUGGGUUCAGAGGCUCGGCGACUGUUCGGUGACGCUCAGCGGCUCCUCCGACAGCUGAUUGACAGUGGCGGUCUGAGUGGGCGGGGCCUGGUGGGAUUCUGGCGGGCUCAGAGCAGUGGGGACGACAUCAAUGUGUACGACGACGAAGCGGCGUUGGACCAGCGCACUCAGCCUAUCGCCAGGCUCCACGGUCUGCGGCAGCAGGCGGAGAAGGACACUUCCAGUCCUGAACCCUACCUGUGUGUGUCGGACUUUGUGGCCCCCGUGAGCAGCGGCGUCCAGGACUACGUGGGGCUGUUUGCUGUGGGGGUGUUUGGCGCCGAGGAGCUGAGUCAGCGCUUCCAGGAGCAGGGAGACGACUACAACAGCAUCCUGGUGAAAGCUCUGGCUGACCGACUGGCUGAGGCGUUUGCGGAGGAGCUGCAUGCCCGGGUUCGGAGGGAGCUGUGGGGCUACAGUCCCGACGAGGCUCUGCAGGCCUCGGAGCUCCACACGGUUCGAUACCAGGGAAUCAGACCGGCGCCCGGCUACCCGAGCCAGCCCGAUCACACUGAGAAGAACACUCUGUGGAGGCUGGCCGGCGUGCAGGAGAAGACCGGUAUCUCUCUGACUGAGUCUCUGGCCAUGUCUCCUGCUGCCUCGGUCUGCGGACUUUACUUCUCCAGCUGUCAGGCUUCCUACUUUGCUGUGGGGAAGAUCACCAGAGAGCAGGUGGAGGACUACGCCCAGAGGAAAGAGAUGAGCGUGGAGGAGGUGGAGAGGUGGCUGGCUCCCAUCCUCGGCUAUAGCAGUGAGGUCACAGGUCAAGCGGUCAGAGGGGGGCCUUAGGCUGUGACCCAGGAAGAGAACAGGUCUCUUCAGGCUCAGUAACACCAGCACCAUUCCUUAUUUUAAAAGGGUUUCUCAUUUUAAUAUUUACCAUGGUUUUCAAAAGUUAGAUCUGAUUACUUGAGUUGAAAUGUGGAUGUGUGUCAGCGAGCUGCUUCAUAAUCACCUCACAGUCUUAAAUGAGCUUUCAACACUUUUAAAAUCAGAAUUUCAAUGCUUUAAUCUUCAGUCUCUGAGUUUAUCCAUGUUGAUCAAAACAAGCCAUAAAUGCCAUAAAAAGUAACUUUAAAUGACAGCAAUUAAAAUAUUUCCAUUUCUUUCAAUAGAAGUUUAGCUAACUCAUUGAAUGUUGACAUUUCAUGCACCUUUUUUCCCUUUCUUAAGAUAACCCAGAAUUUAUUGUGAACACAUUAGGGACAGUCCUGUUUUGUAUUGGGUGAAGUGUGAACUGAAAAGAUACUACACAUCAAAUCUUUUUUUCAUUAAAUGUACAAAGAGAAAAAGCUGAAUUAGAUGAAAUUACAGAGACAAAGUGAACUAUUUUACUGGAAAAAAAUUGUUGAAGGACAUUUGAUUAUUUUAUGUAUUGAAUCCUCAUACUGAACUUUAGACAUAUUUUACCAUGAGGCUGAUUGAAUAUGUGGGCACACUUCUAUAAAGUACAAACACUAUAUUAUCUCUAUACUAGAUAAUGGUCUAUCCAUUGACAAUGUGUAAAUUGUUUUAUUGUAUGCCUGUCACAGUGUUUGAGUUAUUUUCUCAUCUAUUUUAAAUGCAUAUUUUUCACAGGUUAUAUGUUUUGAAUAAGAGUUCUGGCCUUUUUCUGCCUUGCCAUCCAGAAUUCAGGAUUCUUCUACUUUCCUACUUCUUUCUGACGCUUAUGUUUUACAUUAUAAACUUAAAAAAAAAUAAAACUUUUUUCAUGA